AUGAUUGCUCGCGCGAGUCCCGUUGUCAAGGCGCAGCUGGGCGCCAAGCCUUCCUGCGGGGCCAAGGCGGUGCAGGCGCGCCCGGCGGCGCCGCGCGCGCGGCGCUCGGUGCGGGUGCGCGCGGAGGCGGCGGACGACGCGGUUCCGAUCGAGAAGUCCGGGAACAACUUCGCGGCGGUGAAGGACAUCGACGAGAUCAUGACCAUCCUGCCGCACCGGUUCCCGUUCCUGCUGGUGGACCGCGUGGUGCACUACGAGGCGCAGCAGCGGUGCGUGGCGAUCAAGAACGUGACGAUCAACGACAACUUCUUCCCGGGGCACUUCCCGGAGCGGCCCAUCAUGCCGGGCGUGCUCAUGGUGGAGGCGAUGGCGCAGGUGGGCGGGAUCGCGAUGCUCGACCCCGAGGACAAGGCGUCGAAGAACAACUUCUUCUUCGGGGGCAUCGACUCGUGCAAGUUCCGGAAGCCCGUCACGCCCGGCGACACCCUCGUGAUGGACGUGCGCCUGCAAAAGUUCAACAAGCGCUUCGGGAUCGCCAAGAUGGAGGCCAAGGGGUACGUCGGCGACGCGCUCGUCGUCGAGGCCGUCCUCACGCUCGUCGUCCUCUCCGGCGACCAGAAGUAG